AUGGAAAAUACUUCAAAAACUACACCCAAUCCGACAACUUUUCUCGAUUUGCUUAACAAUACAUACGAUGAUGCUGAUUUAGUUCACAUGCUUGCAGAAGCUACUGAUCUAACGUCUGCAGCUACCAGAAACUCGUUCGAAUUUCAAUCAAACUUUGAAGAUCAGGGCUUUAACCAACCAGAAUCAACAGAAUUUCAGAAUUUUAGAGGAAUAUAUUUUGAAAAUGAUUACGACAAUGAGUUACAAACAGAUCUAAUUUACAUGGAAGAAGAUAUGCUUACUGAAGCUAUUGGCAGUGAUUUAACCAAAGGAGAUUCUGUUCCUCAUCUAUGGCAAAAUUUGGAAAAAGAAUGGACCGAAUUUAAUCAUGAUUUAAGACUUACUAGUGGGAUCGGAAGGAUAAAGAAGGGAAAGAAAGGUCCAAGGCCCCGUAGUAUUCCGCCAAAUCUUCGUACCUUGGUUGGAGAAGCUAAUUUACAUUAUGUAAACAGAGAUUACCCAAGAGCAAUUGAAAUUCUUCAAGAGGUUAUUAAAAUAGAUCCAAAUAUUCAUUCCGCUUGGUUUACCUUGGGAACUAUUCAGGAUGAGAUGGGAUGCCCGGAGAAAGCUUUACAAUUAUAUUUAGUUGCAGCUCACUUAACGCCUCACGAUGGUGCAUUAUGGAAGAGGUUGGGUCUUCUAAGCAAAAAUCAUAAUGCAGUUCAUCAGGCUAUUUAUUGUUUCUCAAAAGCUAUCAGAUGUGAUCACAAUGAUGUGGAUGCUAUUUGGGAUCGAUCAAUUCUAUAUUCGGAAAUUAGAGAAUUCAAAAAAGCGAUAGACGGGUUUAAUGGCCUAUUAGAAAAGAUUCCUUAUGAUAUGAAUGUAUUGCGAGAAAUAACUCGUAUUCAAGUACAAAUGAAUGAGAUUCCUCAAGCCAUUGACCUCUUUCUUGAUGCUUUCGCCUAUUAUAGAAAUAAGCCUUUUUCAGAAGAUCCUGAAGCUGAAGGAAGUUUUGGAUAUUCCGAAAUAAAUAUAAUGGCUGAGCUUUACAUGCUAGCUGGUGAUUAUAAUAGUGCUAUCGAUUUUAUUAAGCGAGGUGUAAGAUGGCUGCAGGGGAGAGAAAAUGAAAUAUGGUGGGAUUAUAUAAAUGAUGAUCGCGAGUAUGACGAAGAAGAAAAUUUAAAUAGAAGAGAUCAUACUUCAAUUUUAGCCGCUGCCCGACUUCGUGGUGCUAAUAGCACUGGAGGCACAAAUGCAACCUUGCCUAUCGAACUUAGGGUUAAACUGGGACAAUGCAGGAUUUCAACGGAUCGUCUUGAGGAAGGCAAAUUACACUUUGCUUAUCUUGAGUCUUAUGUUGUUGAGCAAUAUGUAGAUUUGUAUUAUGAAGUAGCUGAAACUUAUACAGAUAAAGGAUUGUUUGAAGAUGCUUUGGAAAUAUAUGAAGCAGUCGUCGUUAAUGAAUCUACAGAUAAACCAUUUGCAUGGAUGCGAAUGGGAAUGAGUCAUCGAGAAUUAGGAAAUCUUGAAAGUGCUUCCGAAUAUUUCGCGGCUGUUGUGAAAGAGUUACCAGAUAAUUUGGAUGUUAAAAUGGCACUUGCUGAAACCUACGAAGAUUUGGACGAAAAGGAAAAGGCGCUUGAGAUGGUUAAUGAAGUUCUUGAAGCGCGCAAAAAAAAAAAUAUUCAAACAACAGCUGAAUCUAAAGUUCCUUCUUCAACAUUAAAUAAAUUUAAUGCUAGUUCUUCACGUAGUUUAUCAGCAGGUAAAUUACAGACUGAAGCAUCCUUAAUCCAGACAAUAUCUGAAGAAUCCAGAGCUAACGCUUUCGCGAGAGCGGAAGAAGAGCGCAAACUAAAUAUAGCAGAAAAGGAAAAGGAAACAAAAAUUCAGUUUCAUAGGUUGGAUCUAUUAUAUGGUCGUUCUAAACUUGGCGAUUUAGAAUCGGCAAAAGAAUUUUUGGAAACCGCUAGGAAUGUCGUUAUUGAUUGGAAAAACAACAGAGCCUUUUAUCCUCAGAGGGAUAGGGUAUUCUUCCUUUGA